AAGCUUAUACUAAAGAGAAUUCAAAGUUAGUCAAAUUAAGUUCAAGUUUUCACGUUGAAAUGUCUGCAAUAACUUCAAGAAUGAUAACGUUAGUCAAAAGUGCUAUCGUCUUCAUGACCACACUCUUCGCAACGCAAGCGCUGCUGCAGCAGAAAACUUUCGAGAAGUUUUUCUUGGGCAACUUGACCCGUCACACGUCACUGUGUCCACCUGUCAACGUCACGCUGGACACGCACUUCGUCAGCGCCCGUCACAUCCUCUGUCUGGACCGCUGUCUCGCCUCGUCCAACUGCACCUUCUUCUCUCUCGACGGCAUUAAAUGUUCGCUCUGGAGUUUCGGUGUGGACGCAAGCUACCAAACGGCCACGUUUGCCGCCCCCACCCUCGCCGCCCACAAGCCCUCGGCCCUCAUGCCCCCCGUAGACGUGGCUUUGGCAAAACUCGUCAUUCCCGGCAGUGUGUAUCCUGGUGGAUACGACGCCGCUGUGCUGACAAUGGGAACGAGCUGCAUCCGAAAAAUGGAGGACUGCUUCUGCACCUCAACCACCAAAAACUUCGCCAAAAUUGACCUUGGCGCCCCGCAGCCCGUCGCUAAAAUCGUGCUCACGGCGCCCACGACGGAUGACUGCCCUUACUUUACCGGCAUCCGCAUACGCGCUGGUCUGCUUGGCGACGCGACCGAUCCCGUCGUCGGUACGACUCCGACUCAAGUUCCAACUCAGAGCCAGCAGUUCGAGUUCCCUGUGACGACUGGACCUGUGCAGUACGUGUACCUGUGGCGGCCUGCCACGGGGGACGCCAUGUGCCUCUGCAAGGUCCAGGCGCUGGUCUGA